AUGCAUAUUUUUGAUUUUUCUACUCCCUAUAACAAAAAUAUAAAACUUAUUCCAUAAAAUAUACAAGUUUCCCUUUAAAUUCUUAUGGAAAAUUAAGUAUCAAUAUUUAUACAUUAUUAUCUAUUUAGAUCUACCUUAAUACUUAAAAUCAUAUUUAUUAUUCUUACAUUUUUUAUAACUUCCAUCAUUUUCAUUGAUUUUAUUUAUAUUGUUGGAAAUGUUAUUUAAAGACAAAUUUUUAAUUCGCUCAAUGAUUUAGCCAUGAAUUAAUUUUAAUUAUGUUCCAUUAAAAAUGAUAUAUAAAUAUUAGACAUGAUUCAACGUCAUCGAGAUAUAUUCAAUAUCAACAAAAGGUUAAUAUGCAAUCAUACAUUGAUGUAGAAUUAUUCCAUCAAUAAAUCUAGAAGCUUUUUAAAAAUGUAGAUGCAGUCAUAUUUGUAAGUGAAUACUAAAAUGGCCGCUUUCUCAAAAAAUACCCAGAAUACUCAUAUUUAAAAUAUUAGUUAAAGUACAACUCCUAUAGAAGUUAUCAAUUCUUAAUUAAUCAAAUUAUUGAUUUCUAUGAAGAAAGGUAUUUAUUUUUCAUUUUAAAUAGGAUAUCAACACUUCAAUGGAUUAAUUCUGGUCUUAAAAAUAUAAUUUAGAUGUUAGAAAAAAAUAUUUGGAAAUUAGUCUAUUUUAAAUAAAACCUUUCUCUAUAAGCAUUAUGAUCUCAAUUACUUUAAUUCUAUUAAUAAAAUAUCAAUCGUUCGUAAAAUAAUGUCGAUUAUGCCGUAAAAAAUGACCAUUCCCAUUCACAUCCCAAAAAAUCAAAGUAAUUCAUUCUAAAGAAAAUAAAACAUAUAUUAACGAUUCAUAAGUAUUGAUAACAGGGAUUCUAGAAGAAUUAAAGAAUUGA